GAUAUUGUCUUCCUGGUCGACGGCUCUGGGAGUAUUGGAACUGAGAACUUUCAGCGCGUCCGGGAGUUCCUCCACGGUCUGGUCGACGGCUUUGAUGUCGCUCCCGAUCGUGUUCGCAUCGGUAUGGUGCAGUACAGCGACACUCAACGCACAGAGUUCAGUCUCAACACCCAUCAGAAUAAAACAGAUGUUCUCGAGUACAUUGACAAGCUGCCUUACAUGGGAGGGGGCACGAUGACCGGCUUGGGGCUGGACUUCAUCCUGAAGAACCAAUUUGUGGAAAGCGCAGGAAGCCGUGCCAAAGAGAAAGUGCCCCAGAUUGCUGUUGUCAUCACAGACGGCCAGUCAUCGGACAACGUCGGGCCAUCUGCAGAGAACCUGAAGAAACAG